AGUUAAACUUUUAGUUUUUAUACAGAAUUAGAGAAGUAUGAAUACAAUCGAGACAUGGUCAGGUACAGGCUCUUGUCAUUACUGGUACUAUCUAGGUUUGUAAUGGCGCUUCUAGAGUCCCCAGCUGCAGGGAAGAAUAAAUCGCCGGAAUGCAACAUGUUCGAAAAGACGGAUUUGUUAAGCCUAUAAUUAAAGACAGUUAAUCCAUCAAUAAAUUGAGACUUUGUUUCAUCUGUGAAAAAAGAUAUCUUGAUUUUGUUCAGCUUGACAUGUUUGCCAUUAUCGAAACAAGUCUUCAUUAUGAUGCCCUCGAACAGUGCCCAAGAUGUUAUUCUCUGCAACGUAUGCACAACCUCUGCAGCUCAAUAUAACUGUGAGAAUUGCCAGGUGAAAGUAUGCAGCGCUUGCAUUUGCAAUCAUUUAUCAAAUGCUUCAAACAAAGAUUCUCAUAUAAUGAGUCUUCUCAAGCCAAGAGGACCCACCCCAGAUUAUCCUAAAUGCCAGACACAUUCCGACCUAGCUUUAGACUGUAAAUGCCACUGUCAGGAUUGUGACACCCCUGUCUGUGAGAGUUGUGUUUCCUCUACAGUGCACAAAGGUCACAAAAUUGUCGACAUGAAGACAGCACUCCAAAACAAAAAAGAGGUCUUACAAAGAGAUCUACAAGAGCUAGAGACAAAUAUUUAUCCUGCGUACCAAAAGAUUGCUUCUACCCUUUCAGAAAUCCCUAAGAGCAUUACUGAUCUUAAAGCAUUAAUGGACUCCAAAGAUAUUCGCAUUGUCUCUACAUACAAGUCCAGGAAUGAUGAAUUCAGGAAAUUGCUUUUAGACAAAUUUUCUCCGCAGAAGUUUAAUGGAAAUAUCCAGAAUGAUCAUCAAAAUGGCCCUCCGUCUGCGUCAUCUUUUGCAUUAGAAGAACCAGUCACCCCAAGGAGGACCACAGGAGCUGAACCCUCUCCCACGAAAAGACCACAGCUUGAUGAAGCAAGCUUUACCACAGUCUGUAAUACUGGGUAUAAAGACCUACACAGAGUAGCCUGUGUUGAUGAUGAGAAAAUCUGGACCAGUGGUUUAAAUAAAACCAUGAAACUCUUCAACCUUCGAGGAAACCAUGAAAAGUCAAUGGAUACCACGUCAGGGAUCGCCCCAUUAGACAUAACCGUGACAAAGAGUGGGGACUUGGUCUAUGUUGAUUACAGAAAGGGAACCGUCAACAUAAUCAAAGGCACUCCGACAUCAGACCAGGUGAUCAUCAGAAGGAAUAAAUGGAAACCCCGCAAUGUGUGCACUACCAGUUCUGGAGACUUCUUGGUAGUCAUGGUUAGUGAUGAUGAUUAUAAAUCACAGAUUGUGCGUUUUUCUGACUCCAAAGAGAAACAAAUUAUUCAAUUCGAUGACACAGGUAAACCUCUCUUUUCAUCGAGCAUUUCAAGUAAAUACAUCAGCGAGAACAGGAACCUUGAUAUCUGUGUUUCCGAUAGUGAAGCCAAUGCAGUAGUGGUGGUCACUCAGGCUGGAAAACUACGGUUUAGAUACCCUGUUUCCACCUCUGCCACCAAAAAGGAAUUUAAACCAAUUGGCAUCACAACAGACAGCCAGAGUCGAAUCCUAGCAUCAGACCCUAACAACAGAAAAAUCCACAUCCUGGAUCAGGACGGACAAUUCCUCGGCUCCAUUGACAACUGUCAGUUAGAGACUCCAUGGGGAUUGUGUGUGGACUCCAGAGACAACCUUUUUGUAGCCGAGUACAACACGGGUGACGUGAAAAAAAUCCAGUACUACAAACAAACAAACCAACAGUGAACAAAACAAACCAAGUGUAUUCUUGAUAUCCACGUAACAAAAGUGGAUUUAUUUUUAUAUACUGACAUGUGACGUAAUCGUCACUCUAACGCAAACAAAAUUGAAUCUAAUCCAAACUACGUAUACAUUGUAUAUAUUAUGUAAAGUAUUGUGUCAUCAGUCGUUUUUGUCUCUUCAGGUGUACAGUUGAAAAUCAUAACACAACAUAUGAACCUUUCAGAGGAUUGUCCUUUAUUUUCAUGAUAAGGCGGUUCACUUAUCGACUCGUUAUACCCACCUGUACGGUUUCAUUUGUAAUUAACACGUCUAUGAAUAAGUUCUUCUGUACAGAUAUAGAUGAUUCUUGUGAUAUCUUAUACUAAGUGUAAUAUUCCAGUAUAAGUUGUAAUUUAUCUUGUUUGGCUGCUUCAUUUUGUUCAACUUUUUUUUUGUCGUCCGAUAAAUUUGAUUUGAUAAAAUGCAUCGUUUCUAUCGCUGUUCAUUUCUUGUUUUAGUAUAUGUAUAUAUAUUCGUAAAUUCAUAUUUAAAUUUGUGUACCUAGUAUGCCUUAUAGCUUGCGCUUGUGUAUUUAAUGUAAGAUCUUUCAAAAGAGGGACUGGGGCAGGAAAUGAAAAUGGAUGUUAACAGUUAAUCCCUACAACAAAUAAAAGA